AAUAAGCUAUAAUAGAAUGAGAACCAGAAAAAUCGGAAAGCUACAAUGAUCCCCAGAAGAAGUGCAUGCAUCACCUAGAAAGUCACAAAAUGAAGCUCCAAAAACUGCCUCUUCUUACUCUCUUUCACAUUAGUUCACUGCUGCUCGUCUCAGCUCAGUCCACUGAUCAGCCUCCGUUCUCAUGUGACUCAUCUGAUCCGCUAACCAAAUCCUACCCUUUUUGCAAAACUACACUCCCCAUUAACCAAAGAGUUCAAGACCUGAUCUCCAGACUUUCAUUAGAUGAGAAGAUAUCUCAACUUGUUAACUCAGCUCCCCCUAUUUCAAGACUGGGCAUCCCUGGCUAUGAAUGGUGGUCUGAAGCCUUGCAUGGCGUAGCCUUUGUGGCCAACAUAAGCCAAGGUAUCCGUUUCAAUGGAACAAUUCAAUCUGCCACCAGUUUUCCGCAAGUCAUCCUCACUGCUGCUUCCUUUGAUCCUUAUCUUUGGUACCGCAUUGGUCAGGCCAUUGGAAUAGAAGCUAGAGGAAUAUAUAAUGCUGGACAAGCAAGAGGCAUGACAUUUUGGACGCCAAAUAUUAACAUAUAUAGGGAUCCAAGGUGGGGAAGAGGGCAAGAAACGCCUGGUGAGGAUCCAUUGGUUACAGGGAAAUAUGCAGUGUCAUUUGUAAGAGGAAUACAAGGGGACUCUUUUGAAGGAGGGAAGCUUGGUGAGAAUCUUCAAGUUUCAGCUUGUUGUAAGCAUUUUACAGCUUAUGAUUUGGAUAACUGGAAAGGAAUCAACCGGUUUGUCUUUGAUGCAAAUGUAACUCUACAGGAUUUAGCAGAUACAUAUCAGCCUCCUUUCCAGAGUUGCAUACAGAAAGGGAAAGCCAGUGGGGUAAUGUGUGCUUAUAAUCGUAUUAAUGGCGUUCCCAACUGUGCAGAUUACAAUCUCUUGUCCAAAACAGCUCGAGGACAGUGGGGUUUCGAUGGGUACAUCACCGCAGACUGUGAUGCUGUCUCCAUCAUUUAUGAUGAACAAGGAUAUGCUAAAGAACCGGAGGACGCUGUAGCUGAUGUUCUUAAAGCUGGAAUGGACAUUGACUGUGGUGAAUAUUUGAAGAACUACACCGAAUCAGCUGUCAAAAAGAAAAAAGUGUCUGUAACUGAAAUAGAUAGAGCCCUCCACAACCUUUUCUCAAUUAGAAUGAGGCUGGGGCUUUUCAACGGCAAUCCAACUAAACAGCCUUUCGGCAACGUUGGUUCAGACCAAGUCUGCUCCCAAGAACACCUGAAUCUUGCCCUUGAGGCUGCUCGCAAUGGCAUUGUCCUUCUUAAAAACACUAACAACCUCCUUCCACUUUCAAAAACAAAAACUAAUUCUAUUGCUGUAAUAGGCCCUGAUGCCAAUUCCACAGAAACACUUGUUGGCAACUAUGCUGGCCCUCCUUGCGAACCUAUUACACCAUUGCAAGGAUUGCAAAGUUAUAUCAAGAACACCAACUAUCACCCAGGUUGUAGUACAGUUAAUUGUUCUUCUGAUUUGACUGAUCAAGCAGUAAAGAUAGCGGCAGGAGCAGACCAGGUGGUACUAGUAAUGGGAUUGGAUCAAACCCAAGAGAGGGAAGCUCAUGAUCGUGUAGACCUGGUUCUUCCCGGAAAUCAACAGAAGCUGAUUUCUAGCAUUGUAAGGGCUGCAAAUAAGCCUGUCAUUCUGGUGCUUCUUUGUGGAGGUCCAGUAGACAUAUCCUCUGCCAAGAAUGAUCAAAACAUUGGAAGCAUUAUAUGGGCUGGCUAUCCAGGUGAAGCUGGAGGACAGGCGUUAGCCGAAAUUAUUUUUGGUGAUCACAACCCAGGAGGGAGAUUGCCAAUGACUUGGUAUCCACAAAGUUUCAUUAAAAUACCAAUGACAGACAUGAGAAUGCGUCCUGAACCAUCUUCAGGCUAUCCUGGACGUACUUACAGAUUCUACCAAGGGCCAAAGGUUUUUGAAUUUGGCUAUGGGCUUAGCUACUCAAAUUAUUCUUAUGAAAUUCUCCCUGUAACACAAAACAAGGUCUAUCUAAAUAAUCAGUCAAGCGACAAAAUGGCUGUGGCAUACAAGUCAGUUUCAGAGAUGGGACCAGAGCUCUGUGAAAAGAGCAAGUUCCCAGUCACAGUAGGAGUUCAAAACAAUGGUGAAAUGUCAGGUAAGCAUGCGGUGCUGCUGUUUGUGAGGCAAGCAAAGCCUGGUAAUGGGAGACCAAUGAAACAGCUGGUUGGAUUCAACAGUGUUGAUCUGAAAGCAGGGGAAAGAGCUGAAAUUAAAUUUGAGUUGAGCCCUUGUGAGCAUCUUAGUAGUGCAAAUGAAGGUGGUUUGAUGGUGAUAGAUGAAGGGUCCCAUUUCUUGAGCAUUGGAGACAAAGAAUCAGAGAUAACAGUCGCUUUCUCAUCUGAUACUAGUGGCGGAGCCGCAUCAUGGCAGGAGGGGGCCAUUGUCCUCCCAAGAAUUUUGAAAUUCUUUUACAUAUACAUUACUAUGCAUAUUGUUUUGAAGUAUAUCUCCUGAAAUGAAUUAAUGGACCUCCCCGAUUCAAUUUCUAGUUAUAACUCAGAUGCCAGUGUUAGCAAUCAUCCAAAAACUUGAUUAACACAGUUCAUUAAGGUUUCAGCGUAAUUUCAUUCGUUCUACGUUCUAAGAAUCACACUAUACUACCUUGCAAAGCUGCCAACAAAGGAGAAGAAGAAUUGACGCAAUGUACGAUGGCACUUAGCCGGCAGGCAAGGGUGGGAAGCGGGAAUCCCAUGAAACAAUUGAUUGGGUUCCACAAAGUGAAUCUGAAGGCAGGAGAAAGGGCUGAAAUUGAGUCUGAACGUAGCCAUGGUGAGCACCUUAGCAGAGCCAAUGACGAUGGUUUGAGGGUUAUAAAAGAUUGUGGAAAACAAAGCGUCUGAGAUCACAAUCAUCGUCUGACCACAGGGAAGGGGGGCUGGCAAAUUCAGCCAGUUUGAUAACAAACAGUCGCUACCUAAUUUGAGUAGAAACAACCCAAGCAUGACUAGAUAGGAAUUUCCAACUAGCCACUAGCCAAAUACAUGUUGCCCAGAGCACUUGAGUCAUUCAUGUAUUAGUUGCAAAUCCAGGCAUUCCAAUUUCCAAAAAAAUAAUCAGCUCUAGUGAUAAUGGAAUUAUGAAACUAAUGGCACUUGAACUAGUAUUCGAUUUUUUUAUUUUGCCUCUAAACAGAAAUUUCCUUCCA